GUCAAAGUAAAGCCACCAUUUUAACGCCUUUUCUUUUGUUGAGAACACACAAUUAUGGCGGUGGACUGUGGCCAUUUCUCGUCCCAACAGAUUUAUGCCAAACAACUGUUGUCACCGCAACAUCCCGACAGCAAAGGCCCUGUCAUCGGCUCUCUGGACAUCAACAUUAUCCGACACAGACGGAGUACAGUACUGUACUAUCUUCGUGCUCACUUGUGCUGAAGCUAGCUAGAUAGCAGAAGCCAAUGCCGAGGAAGUGUAUUGGAAGGAAAUAGCAAGACCACAAGCGGCAACAAUCAGCGUACAAACAACGAGAAUUUCCAACAACAAACAAACAGCACAAUCGACAACCAUGGGAAGCGAACGAAACAGCCACCAUGACGAAGUGUUGGUAGAAGCGGAAAUCAUCACCAACGACAUUAUUUCCAAUGAUCAACAAGACGACGAAAAGGCUCCACUCAAUCAUGCUAAUACAAAUACGGAACGACGAGAUCCAUCUCCAUUGAGUUGUCGCAGCAUGAAUUCCCAAUGUUCCAUUCUCAGUAUUCGCAGUGUCGAUUGGCAAAAGACGCAACAAGAAGCCAUACUCCUCCUCGAUUUGGCCAUUCCUCAGACAUUCCUACAAUUGGGAUUGAUUUGGGCAUCGGCAUUGACCGCCUCCUACGUGGGACGACGCAUGGGGUCCAUUUAUUUGGAUGGAUUCACAUUGGGCAAUUUGACGGGAAACUUGUUCAUUUCAUCUCUGCUACAAGGAAUUCUCAGUGCCAGUGAUACGCUGAGUCCACAAGCAUUUGGAGCUGGAAAUGACCGAGAAGUGGGAUUGUUGGCCAUUCGAGGAUUUGUCGUGUCGCUGGUCGUCACGGUACCGAUACUCGUCGUAUUGUUUUCGAGUCUGGAACGAAUCUUUCAACAAUUGCAUCAAGAUCCUCUUGUGGCAGAAUUGGCCAAAACAUGGUUUCAAGUCUUUUCGCUGGGACUCCCAUUUUAUUCACUCUCCAUGAUGAUGUGGAGAUUUUUAGCGGCGCAAGGACUCAUGAUGCCCCAAGUCAUUGUGGGAGCCAUUGCCAAUCUCGUUGUCUUGCCACUCUGUUUGGAAUUGUGUAUAAAGUGGUUUGAUUUUAUCGGAUCGGCCAUUGCCAUUACGUCCUUCUCCAUUGUACACACGGCAAUGCUCUGGUUCUACUUGUGGCGGUAUCAACCGCAUUCACGCGCGUCUUGGCCGGGAUUGUCACGCGAUGUGUGGAAAGAGGCAUUGGCAUGGGAGCCCUUGGUCCAUUUUGUGCGACUGGGAUUGGGAGGGAUGCUGUGCUCCUGUGAAUGGAUCUACUGGGAAAUAUUGGUAUUAAUGGCCGGGAGUUUGGGAGUGGUGCCGCUCAGCGCUCAAACCAUUGCCAACAUGGUCGUCGAAGUCUUUUUCAUGCUGCCCAUUGGUGUCGGGAUUGGUCUGACGAUUCGCAUUGGGGCGACCCUUUCCGUCAGUGUCGCCAGAGCGCAAGUAUUGGCCAUGGCAUCUCUCUUUUUCGGUACCAUUGCCUUUGCGCUGCUGUCCAUGGUCGUCUAUUAUCAACAAAAUCUGAUUGUAUCCUUCUUCACGGUCGAACCCGACGUCAUUGAGGCGUGCCGAGCGAUUUGGUGGAAAGUGGCCCUUUUGAACUUCAACUGUGGAAUUUACGGCAUUGUCACGGGCAUUGCCACCGGGUUGGGAAUGCAGUGGACUCUGGGGAUUGCCAGUUUGGUGGCACUAGUGGUUCUGGGCCUCCCGCUGGCCUACUAUUUUGCCAUUGUACAAGGAGGAGGACUCAGUGCCAUUUGGUUUUGGAUGAAUCCACCCUACGCACUGGUCAGUUUCAUACUGCUGAUAUGCUUCACAAAGGUCGACUGGAAUGCCAUUGCGGCGGACAUUAUGCAGCGAGAACGGAGUGGCGACGAUCACAGGAAUAAGGACCCAGAACAACCGAAUGUCACGAUGAAUGGAUACGGAUCCACGGAUCAUCAUCAGAUGGUAACGGAUGUUGGAACAGCCGCAAGUCAGGCUUAGCUGUUGGAACAGGAAUUUUUGGCUCACAUAGGGCAUUGCUUCCUGGGCACGUACCAGUUUUGUAUCAUUAGUAUAGUAGCUAUUUUUGUAAAUCGUAGAACUGCAUGUAUGAAUAUAAAUGGGCAAACCUGUGCUACUUCCAA